GGGGUAAUUCGUAGGUGGCUGUUCUUUGCUGGUCCCGUCGUACAGAAGAAGGACUUCAUCGUCUGCCGCACCAGCAAAUAUCCUCCCAAAUUCCUCUGUUGCUCAACGGUUUCCCCCACCCCUAUACCUCUAGACCGCAUCGCCGGUUACCGCGUCCUUCUCGCCCGCAAUUUGAUCCUCUCCUGAACCCUCAUUGAUAUUUCUCAGCAUGGCCACUGCAGAGAAGAAGAAAGAAGAACGACUUGCCAUUCAGCCGGACGAAUACUCGGAUGGCGAUUACGAUACGGAUGACUAUUCACUGUCCGAAGACGAGCAGGAUCAGAAACCCCAACGUCCGAACCAACAGCAAGCUCGACGACGCCGCCGCCAACAGCAACAACAACACAAGCGUCAAAACGACGAGUAUGACGAUGAAAGUGACUAUCUUUCCGAUGAAUACGAUUCAGAUGAGUACGAUGACGAUGACUAUGGCGAUGCGAAUAAGGGCAAUGCCGUGCAGCCAUAUAAGCGCGGCACUCAAUCCUUAACACAAGGCACAAUCACAAACGGAGCCAUGACGGAUGCUCCUGGACAAGGGAAAAAUGAUGAUGAGCAGGAUGGCCUCAAACUGAAACUGGAACUGAACCUCGACAUCGAGGUAGAACUCAAAGCCCACAUUCACGGAGAUUUGACACUGUCGUUGCUUGCAUGAUUGGGGAAAAUGUUAAUUUCGCCUCUUAUAUUAGCUCUUGACCGCUUCAUCCCUCGAAUCGAUGAAACAUGUCUGGCAUGAAGUUUAU